GCCACCCUUAUAAAUAUUGACCCUCUCUCCCUUCAUCCCUUCUCCCCUCACUCACUGAUUCACUCUCAGUAAAUACCUUUCCACCCACUUCUCUUCUUCCAAACUGAAGUCUUUUCUCUCCAACAUCAACAUGGCUUCUUCUAAUUGUGCAAUAUCCACAUGUACUAGUGGCACUACUGCAGGCAUCAACAACAACACUGAUCAAAGUACUGUCCCACCUAUUAUGUACUUGAGUAAUAGUGAGAAGUGGAAUAAGUUGUCAAAGAAAGAAGGCCGUUCCUCAACAACUUCUUCUUCCUCUCUCAUGAAGAAUUCUUCUUCUUCUUCUUCUUCUUCCACUCAGAGGAAGUGUGCUUUUGCUAGAAAGUGUGCUAGGCUGGUCAAAGAGCAAAGGGCUCGUUUCUACAUCAUGAGGCGCUGUGUCAUUAUGCUCAUAUGCUGGCAUGAGUACAAUGAUUCAUGAAACACAACAAAAAGGAUCUACCAAGUUCAAAAAAAGUUCUCUUUUUUUUCUUAAGUCCCUCUUUCUUCACUUUGUAUGAGAUCCUUCCUGUUGGGCAUGAGCUUUUUCUUGGAGUCAACAAGUGUACAUAGAAAAUUUUCUUUUUUUUUUUUAAUUUGUCUUCUCUUGUGGGCUAGAAUUAUCGAAUCAUGGUUUUUUGUUAGGUUGGGGUUUGAACUUCCAUUGAAGGGGGCUCAUCUUCAUGGUUUUGGUGGUGUUUUUAAGUUUAAUUUCUUGUCUACCUGAGAAUAGGGCAGAUAUAUGGUACAUUAGAAUUGAGAAAUUAGUUGAAACAUAUACUUAAGCUUAAGCAUUUAAUUUUUAUUUUUCUUGUCUCGGAUGAAAUUUAUUUUGACCGUGUUUUUGGUUA